GCAGCGUAUCACAGGCCUGCAUAACUAAUAACAACUAUGCCCACAACACACACAGCAAAAUAGUUACUGCUUUGCCUUGGAUAUUGAAAACCAAAAAAACACACAACGGAAUAAAAACAACACGGAAUUAUGGCAGAGAAGAGAGCUUUAAGCGUGAUGGAAGAACUUCAAAUUGUGCCGUGAAGUUGAUGUUGGCAGUUCCUUAAAUGCAGUAUUUAGAAGGCAGUUUGGUUUGGAUAAGUAAUCGCCGGGUCUGAAUUGUUUACAGGAUAGGACUGUUCAACAUACAGGGAACUUUAUAUUUGCCGCGCUGACAGAAAUAUAUAGAUCGUUCGGUCGCAAACUCGGGUUUAAAUGAAGGGAGAACAGACUCUUAUACAACCGCUCUAGGAUACGAUAACUACAAUAUCCAUUGAAGAUAAGGCAUACGCGCUGCAGACGUUCACAGCGACGCGGGAAGUAUUCUCGGGAAGAAACUGACCAGAAUCAUGAACGGUUAACCGAACGCUAUGCCCAAGUCGUUUUUGAUAAAGAAAACUAACGGCAAAACUCCAAACUCGUCUUCAGUUCAGAGCAAGAAAAGGCAACAAGCCAAUGGAUCCAAGCACAACAAAGAAGAACACUUGAAACUAGGUGCAGAGAGUGAUGCCGUUGCUAGCUACAAUGAUGUGGCGGUGUCAACCUCUGAACGAUCAGCAUUUUUCAGUGGCGUCGAUGAAAACAAGUCUGUGGAUGCUUCCAAAACAUGUUUGGUUCCUUCUACAGAGUCAUCUUCUGAUGUUAUUAUCCACGCCGGAGAAAGCUCUAAUAGUGUCAAUUGUUCCGAAAGCCGACCAGACCCCGCCUCAGGAAAAACAAAGCGUCGACAAGGCCGCAAAAACCACAAGAGGAGUCCAGUGGAGAGCCAGACCUUCGAGAGACGAACGCUCAGAUCGAAGACUGGUAAAAAUCCGAGAAAUCGGAGCUCGUUGAAAAUUCUUCGAAACAAAUCGCACCAUAAAAAAAGCAACAGCGGGGAAAAUAAUUCAAACGAUGAGUCGAAAUCAAGUCGAAAUCAAUCGUCAACAACGAUCAAGUCGGAAUUACAAUUUGAUAACACAACGCAAGAUACAAAUAGGAUUGAAGAUGAAAGAUCGGAUGAAUUUUCCAAUGAAAAUGAAACAGGAAGCAAUGCAUUUAGCUGUUCCCUGUGUGGAAGAUGCUACGCGACUUCUUCAAAUCUUUCCCGCCAUAAACAAACCCAUCGAAGUUUGGACAGCAAGCAAGCAAAAGCGUGUCCGUAUUGCGGCAAGCGUUACGUGUCGAUGCCCGCGUUAUCUAUGCACGUGCUAACGCAUAAACGUUCUCACGAAUGCAAUGUGUGCGGAAAACGUUUCAGUCGACCUUGGCUACUUCAAGGUCACAUCCGAUCGCACACUGGAGAACGACCCUUCCGAUGUCAGCAGUGUGAUAAGUCGUUCGCUGACCGCUCUAAUCUGCGGGCUCAUGAACAAACGCACUCUCCUCUGAAGCAGUAUCAGUGCGAGAGAUGUCAUCGGUCGUUCGCGCUCAAGUCGUAUCUUACGAAACACGUCGAAGCGACGUGCUUUGCCGAGGAGAAAUCCUGAGGGAUGGCAAAAGUAGAACAAUACCAUUAUGGAGAAAUCCUGAGGGAUGGCAAAAGUAGAACAAUACCAUUAUUAUAAUAGUGACCAGUUCACAAUGAAUUGAGAUUGAGAGCGAAAAAUUAACAGUCAAUUCAUAAUGAAUUUGAUAUUUAAAGCAACAUUUAUGGCAUGAAAAUUAAGGAUAUUAUUUACUGCAAAUUGCACCUGCCAAAUUUCACCCUACAACAAAGCUUUUUUGUAGCAAAUUUGUAUAAAUCAACAUGGUAAAUCCAUUGAGCUCUACGAAGACUGGAGCGAUAACUGCAGAGAAUAGGCUAGUUGUUCUAAAUGUUUACACCUCACCACAGCCGUUUUCAACCGCUUCAGUUUUAUAUAUAGCCCAAAGUUUGGGUUAUAUAUGAAAUAUUUCGCGUCAGAACUAAAUUCUAAAUGGUGGCUCCAAUUCUCUCCCAGAGUUAUGGUUCCAGUCUAUAUAUAGAGUUCUCCGGAUAUAUCCAACUACGGUUAGUUUAUAACAGUGUAUAUAGAAGAAUAUUAGACUUAAAACGCUGGCGUUAUUUGUAAAUCGUAAGAUUAAUUGUAGUAUAUUAUAAAAAGGUUGUAUCAAUAAUUUUAAAGACAAUGAUUGAAAGAUGGUGGCUAGGACAUCCUUUUAUAUUUGCGUCUUCAGCAGGUGAGGUUUUUCCAGACUGGAUUGUGUUACAUAUAUAUGAUUAUAGCCUUGUAUUAUAUACGACUAAAAAAUAA